AUGUCACAAGCAACAGACGCGAACUUGCAAGAAUUAGCAAGAACACUCUCCACUGCUUAUCAUAAUGUACUUCAGUAUUCCACUUUGAAUGAGGAACAAAUAAUAGAAAACUUGUCUCAACUCUCGAAAUAUAGCAAUGAUUUGCCUGUAUCAUGGUUUACGCUUCAGUUUCUCGAUACAGCCAUUGCACUCAAAGAUAGAUAUUUUUCUCAGCAUUUGCAUUUAAAGGGUCUUGGAUCCAUUAUUAUCUUGUUUUCAAGCUGGUUACGUAGAUACCCGACUAUGAGUGAUAGACACUUUCAAAUGGUAAUGGACACUUUGCUCAGUUUGCUACUCAUGACAGACAAUCAAUACUUGCCUGUUCAAAAAGACGCUUGGAUUGGAUGGGUAUCACUUGUAGGCAAAACAGAGGAUCCGAAAUUACUACAGGGCAUGUCUCAAGUGAUUGAGCGCUAUGCUCAUAUCAAUGAUCACGAGCGAAAUACAACUAUGGCAGAAGCAUUGGAUGCAGGUGUUGCACAUGCAUUAGCGCGAACAAAUUGCUUGAAUGAUUUUGAAAUUGAAUCCUGUCAAAGACUACUCAAUGCAUAUUUUCAGUUUGCCUCUGCUCAUCAUGGAUAUUAUGCAGUUAUGACAGCUAUAGAGCAUGUAGUAGAUAUCAGAUCAAAAGAAAAGCCAGAGAGUCGUGCUGAAGCUGAUUUAACAACAUUGAUUGGGAUGAUAAAGCAAACUAUCACUAAAUCCCAAGAGAAGUUAGCUUGUUUAGCUGUUUCUGCUGGUGCGGUUCGUAUGCUACAAUUCAAUCAAGGCGUCAAAUCAAAAAAAGUAAAUGAUAUGCUUGAAGAAAUGGAGCAAGCGUUUAUAAGCCAAUUGGAUCAAGUCAUAGAAACGAAAGACAGUGUCAAAUAUCAAGAUGACAUAUCUUUCUUUGCCGCGAGGUGCAUCACUCAAAUGUCAUCAAAGAAACUUAAAAAGCUAGAUGUUUUAUCACUUCUCAAGCAUCUUAACAACACUUUAAUUACAAGUAGUCAUACAUUCAACAAUGGCAAUCUAAUCCAAAAACUUUCAAACACUCCUACAAUGACAAAAGAAGUGCAGACCCUCAUUAGCCAACCCCUUUUUAAAGACAUUGGUCGUAUUUCUCGAGCAUUAGCCAAACUUAUUGAAGUUGCAUCCACUAAGCAGCAUCUAGAAUACGUAUCUUUUAUCCUAAAUCGCCUUGAGGGGAUUUCUUACAAUAUAUUCUUUGAUUGGGAUCGCUAUAUCAUAAGUACUGCAGAAGUAUCUAUGACACCUGAAGAAUCUAAAAACUAUAAAGACUUGGAGAAUGCAGUCUGGACCUAUUUUAAAAGUUUUGCAUUUGCUAACACUGUGGUACUAAAAGCAGUUGCUGUUGAUGGACAAGGCUUGAUUCAAAUACCCAAUGCUGCUCAACAUACCAUUUCUAUUUAUUCCAACUUGAAUUUCAUUACUCAACAUUUGGGUGAAGGAGCAGGUCGACAAGCGUAUCAAGAAACUUUGACAAAUGCCGUUGGUUAUUUACUACUAGAAGACCAUCGCUGCCAAUUAAAUAGACUCUUGUCACUUGCGUUUAAAGAAUAUGCACCCUCUCAAUUUGUGUAUAACGAUGUGCAUUCGAUUGAGCUACUAUCCAUGGUUAAGCAAUCUCGUCUCCUUUUCUUCACUGAUUUAGUUGAACAAGUCAUGAAGAAUGUUGAUGAUACUGUCUUGGAGAAUGAUAUUUUACCAGUUAUCUAUCCUGUUCUUAAAUGGAAGCGUAUUGAAAACAGAGAAUUGUAUGAAAGUGCACACACAGUAGUGAUUAGUGCUUUUCUUGUUGAAAAGCCUAUUUCUCGAGAAUUAGCUGCUGUUUAUGCCAAGAUAUUAAUUGAUAACUUUCCCGAGCCAAUGAAUUUGGAUCAAUUUCGCUUUGGGUUUACAACAUUAAUUCAAGCACUUUGUGGCAUGGACGAUGCGUUGGCUUGGCUUACCACGAAUCAACUGAUUCAGAAGAUUGAUUCAAUUGACUCUGACAUUGUGCUCAAAAACCAAUAUACAACUGCCCUUAUUGAUCUAUUGAAGCCUCUAUCAUUGGGUCCUUUUUUCCCUUCUAUUUUGGAUCAACUAAGACGAUUGAUAUUGGGUCAAGAGACCAAGGUGAUGCAAAAGGCUACUAUGAAGCUCGUGUUUGAGAGUGUAAGUGGUUCUGGUAUUUCAGACAUGAGAAAAACAGAAGCUGUUGGCUGGUUCCUCGAAUUAAAACGCGAAUUAAAAUUGUAA